ACAACUCAAACGUCAACCGACCAAACAGGACGUUAGUUGUAUUUUUUUUAAAAUGUAUCAAAAUUUAGUAAUAUUUUGUUUGUUAUUUAAUUGUAUUUAUUUAGGAAGCUGCACUUCUGUACCAUUCAUUACACCAUGUAAAGCAGCAGAUUCAGCAUGCAUAACGAAAUCAGCUCAAGCGGCAGUCAGUACCUUCGUGGCUGGCAUCCCAGAACUAGGCGUUGAAAAGCUUGACCCCAUAGUUAUAAAGCAUCCUAUUAACGCAAGCGCAUCUGGCCUUACGCUCAUAUUAAACAACCUAGUUACCACCGGAAUGUCAAGCUGCACCGUUGAAAACGCACACCGUGAUGUCGCAAAAUCGAAGAUGGGUACUAGAAUUCUGUGCGACACUGUGAUGAGUCAAGGGCAAUACGACAUGGAAGGCAAGCUACUUAUCAUUAACGUAAGCGGCAAAGGAAAAAUUAAUGUCGUACUCAGAAAACUCGUAAUUGAUGUCGAUGGAAAUAUGGGUGAGAAGAAAGGAAAAGACGGAAAAACAUAUUGGGACAUCAAGAGUUUCACUCAUACUUUUGAGCUGAAAGACAAAGCCGACCUUAAGUUCGAGGACCUCUUUGCUGGCAAUGAAGUUUUAGGCCGUGCUGCUAACGAGGUGAUUGAAUCAAAUAGUAACGAAAUCAUCACUGAAAUCGGCGCACCAGUUAUCAAAGCACUCAUCACCAAAGUGGUUGGACAAAUCAAGAAAUUCUUCAACAAUGUGCCUCCAGAAGACCUAGCCUUAGACUAAAGUGGUGGAUAAUUUAUGUGAAAAAUUACAUUUUUUUUUAAUAUUUUUUA